GGUUUGUGGAAGAUGACAGGAAGUUGUUGGCUCCAGCUUCUUACUCUUUUUUAUUAAAUUGUUUCCGUUUUUAUGUUUAAGCGUCCGUUUUGCGAAAAAAUGAUGACAUAAAUUCGUUUUUUUCUUUAUGAGUUUACACUGCUAAAUGUAGUACAACUGGCGCACUGAUUGGUUUUUAGAAGUUCGGGUUAGCCAAAGCUAAAUGGCAAAAUAGCAGCAGUGAUGGACGAGGACUUUCUGCUCGCCGUUCAGCUACAGGAGCAGUUUGACCAUGAAUAUGAAUCUUCACUGGUUUCAUCUCUAAGUUUUAACGAAGGGGAGUUCGGAAACAACAGCAAAAAGCGGAAAGUGGAGCUUGCCGGUGGGGCCAGGGAUAGAAAGCCAACUUCCGGCGUUGAGCGGCCGCUAAGCAUCGUGGAUGAUUCCUGGGAGAUGCUGGAUCCCAGCCCUGAUGUUAGAGCCAUGUUUUUGGAGUUCAAUGACAUGUUCUUCUGGGGCAAACUCAGCGGAGUGGAGGUCAAGUGGAGUCCCAGGAUGACCCUGUGUGCUGGCGUUUGCUCCUAUGAAGGUCGAGGUGGACUGUGUUCCAUCAGACUCAGUGAACCUCUGCUGAAGCUCAGACCCAGGAAAGACCUAGUGGAGACUCUCCUCCAUGAAAUGAUUCACGCCCUCCUGUUUGUGACCCAAAACAACCGAGACCGAGACGGCCACGGGCCAGAGUUCUGUAAACACAUGAAUCGUAUCAACCAGGCCAGUGGGACCAAGAUUACGGUCUACCACAGCUUCCACGACGAGGUCGACGUGUACCGGCAGCACUGGUGGCGAUGUGACGGACCGUGUCAGAACCGCAGGCCCUACUUCGGCUACGUAAAGAGAGCCAUGAACCGAGCUCCUUCCUCCCUGGACCCUUGGUGGGAGGAUCACCGGAGGACGUGUGGGGGGACGUACACCAAAAUCAAAGAACCCGAUGGCUAUGGCAAAAAGGGCAAGAAGGACGGGAAGAAGUCUUUAGGAACUAGUAAAACCUCAAACACGGCUAAAGGUUCGGGAUCGCAGGAUAUCAGGAACAUCAUCCCGUUUAGUGGAAAAGGCAUCCUCUUAGGAGGGAAUUCUCAAAAUUCCCCAUCUUCCUCUGCGCCUCCCAAUGCAGCAACAGCUUUUACGAAAACACCUUUAUCAAUUCCUGUCUCCUCCCCUCAAAAAUUACUGACCCCUACAUCUCCAGUCAACACUCUCGGCUCUCCGAAAACCCAGAGACCCUUCAUCAAUUCCUCCGGGAAAAAUCCCCCUGUGAGGUCUGUCGGGAACACCAAAGCUUUCAUCAACAUUAACGGCUCACCGGUGAAAAUCCCUAAAGUCAGGAUCAGCAGUGGUGACCAAGGGGCUGAUGGAAAGAAACAGAAGUCCAUACAGGAACUUUUCAAGAACUCAACCCUCCGGAAUUCUGAUAGUCAGAGCGCUAAACCCGAAAAUAAAGCAACAGACAGGCUGUCAACUUCUUCCAGCAUCACUGAAAAGCCCAAAAACCGAGGCGUCUCUGAAGGCACCAGGUCUCUACCCGACAGUAUCCGAGCAUCAGGAGCUGCAGGUGGAAGCCAAACUACCAGGAAGAGGUCGCGGGACGACCAAAGCGGCUCAGCCGGCAUCUUCGAUUUUUUCCAAAAGAUUUCAGCAGCUUCGGCUGUGCCGGUCAGGACAACACUACCCGCUGCUUCAAACUGUGCCUCACCUUUGACCUGCCCAUCUCAGACCUCUGAGAGACCAGGCAGCAGCUCCGCCUCAUCCUCCAUCUUGAUGGUCAGCUGUCCAGUGUGCCAAGCCAAAGUGCAGGAGCCAAAGAUCAACCAGCAUCUGGAUUCCUGCCUCUCCUAAAGGAAUUUGGGGAGUUUGAACCUUUAUUGGGCAAUUUUACAUCUUUGAUAGUUUGUUAAAUCUCUUGUGUGGAAAACUGGUUGGUGUUUUAACUAACAUUCGUUGCAAAGUUACUGAAUUUAGGAGAAUUCUCAGGAAAAAAGCUCUGCUUGUACAGAUAACUCAGUAAAAGUAAAAGUUUUCUUUCAUGUUUUGACCAAAUUACUAUCAGGGAAGUAGUAAAUUUAUGACAUACACUUUUAAAAAAAUGUUAUGUGUGCUUUAGCUAAAGUUAAAUAGUAGGAUAACAUUGCCUUUCAUACGGACCUUUUUUAAUUGAUUUUAGAAACUUCCUUUUCAAUUUGUGGGGCCUUUUCUGAGCUUGAAAGUAAAUUACAUUAAUACUGAGUUCUUUCUGUCCAAUAAAACAGUUUUAAUACUCUGAC